AUGCACUGGAUCAGCAGUUCACCGUUCCUGAUCGUUUCUGCCAUUGCAGGCAUAGCACAAUCCUUUUUAUGGGGGCCACUCUACAUAAAAAAGCAGCAAUGGUUACAUGAUAACUUCGUGCUACCAACGACACCAUCUUCUCCACCAAAGCCGCCGCCAUCAAGUCUACCCGAUGCGGCGAGCUAUAGGACUGUGUACGAUUUUAUUGUUGUUGGUGGUGGUACGGCCGGUUCGGUGAUCGCAAGCCGGUUGGCAGAGUUACAACAGUGGAAUAUUUUGCUAAUUGAAGCGGGUGACGCGUCCAAAGAUGGCCAGUAUCUUAGCUGGAACAUUAGAGCCGAGCCUCAGAUGCAAUCCUGUCUCGGAGAUCAUGAUCGUCGGUGCGAAAUACCGUCCGGUAAGGGAUUGGGAGGAAACACUUUGAUCAACAACAUGCUGUACGUCAGGGGUAGUGAGGAGGAUUAUGAUACGUGGGCGAAGCAAGGCAAUAAGGAAUGGGCCUACCGAAACUUACUGCCAUACUUCUUGAAGCUCGAAAAUUAUCGCAACAACGUUUCCACCGUCUUUUUCGAACGACAACAGCGCGGAAAAGGUGGUCCAGUACCAAUUCUCCGAAUGGAAGAAAAGUCUUCCCUCGUUAAUACUUUUGUCGCUGCUUGCAAUCGCAUCGGUUUACGAACGGCCGAUUACAAUACAGAAACGAACAACACCGUAGACUACGUGCAAGUAACAAACCGCCGCGGAAGGCGCAUUACAUCCACCGACGCGUACAUUUUACCCUACAAGCAACUUUUUACCAAUCUGCACAUCAUGACGUCAGCACGAGUUACCAAGGUGUUAAUCAAUUCCCGAACCAAACAAGCGGUCGGCGUGAAAGUAAUUGUUAAAGGCCAAGAGCGUAAAAUACGAGCAACCAAAGAGGUGAUUCUUUCGGCAGGACCCAUAUUCACACCCCAUCUCCUACUGCUAUCCGGCGUUGGCCCAAAAGAGCAACUGGAAGCUCUGGGUAUUCCGAUACGGGAAGAUCUACCUGUUGGGAAAAAUAUGAACCUACGAUACAUAUCAUUUCCAUUACAUUUAGCAACAAACCGAACCUUAACGACCGCUGUAUCACCAAAGAAGUUGGAAGCACUUGCAUUUGUAAACACUGAGCCACAAGCAAAACUUGAAAAUCCAAGCCAUGAAAUUCUGUUCCAGUACGAACCACGGAAUAUGCGAGAGUAUUUCUCGCUCGGACUCAUCCACUUACAGCCAGCUUCGAAAGGUUUCCUUAAACUUGCCACUGCUAACCCUAUGGACUAUCCGUUAAUCUACACUAAUUUCCUAAAUCAUCCAAACGAUAUGGAAGAAAUUUUGCGUGGCAUUGCGGAAUGUCUUAAGAUUUUACACAGUGAAGAGUUUGCAAAGCUAGGUUUAAGGACAAGAAAACUAAAAGCUCCACCGUGUGAUCAGCUUCGGUACGGUACAGACGAAUAUUGGCGCUGUGUGGUACGGCAUGUAGGUCAUGCAGCAGAUCAACCGUACGGCACCUGUCCUAUGGGCAGCAGAGAAAACGGCCAAUCAGUGGUAUCGGCAGAGUUAAAAGUCCAUGGCAUUGAAAAUCUGCGAAUAGUCGAUGCCAGUGUAAUGCUGCCGGUUUCCAAUGGUCAUACGCAGGCUACGGUGUACGUGAUAGCAGAAAAGGCAUCUGAUUUGAUAAAAAAUUCUUGGGACUGGGGCAACGAACUUGAACGGCGCCUGUAG